AUCGAUUCGUUCAUUCGGUUUUUCGAUUUCUUCAAGACAACACUGAAAAACAAAAAAAAUGGCGGACGCAGCUCCAGCCCGUAGUGGUUUCCGUGGUGGAUUCGGAUCAAGAGGUUCACGCCCACAAGGUGGUAGAGGUGGACGUGGUGGACGUGGUCGUGGCGCACGCGGCGGCCGUGGACGUGGAAAGGAAGAUCAAAAGGAAUGGGUUCCAGUCACAAAAUUGGGUCGUUUGGUACGCGAAGGAAAAAUCCGUUCAUUGGAAGAAAUUUACUUGUACUCAUUGCCAAUCAAGGAGUUCGAAAUCAUUGACACCUUCUUGGGAUCGCAAUUGAAAGACGAAGUAUUGAAAAUUAUGCCAGUACAGAAACAAACCCGUGCCGGUCAACGUACUCGUUUCAAGGCUUUCGUCGCCAUUGGUGACAGCAACGGUCACAUUGGUCUCGGUGUUAAGUGCAGCAAAGAAGUUGCCACUGCCAUCCGUGGUGCUAUCAUCUUGGCUAAAUUGUCCGUUGUACCAGUUCGUCGUGGUUACUGGGGUAACAAAAUCGGUAAACCACAUACCGUACCAUGCAAGGUCACCGGCAAGUGCGGUUCAGUCUCAGUGCGUUUGAUUCCAGCUCCACGUGGUACCGGCAUCGUCUCAGCUCCAAUUCCAAAGAAAUUGUUGUUGAUGGCUGGUAUUGAAGAUUGCUACACCUCAGCCCGUGGUUCAACUGGUACAUUGGGUAACUUCGCUAAAGCAACAUAUGCUGCUAUCGCCAAGACCUAUGCCUACUUGACACCAGACUUGUGGAAAGACCUUCCACUUGGUAAAUCACCAUACCAAGAAUACGCCGAUUUCUUGGCCAUCAACCACAAACCAGGUGUCGGAACACGCACCGAAGCUUAAACGUUUCCGUAACGUUUCCGAAACAUGAACCAUAAACAAUUGAAUAUUUAAUAAAAAAAGCGAAAGCGAAUUAAAUAUUUAAAAAAAUACA